AGCAUCAUCACCACCUCACUCACUCUAUCAAACCACACUUGUCCCUCCCCCCUCACUAUUAAAAUAAUACUACUAUGCUAAUAGUGCGCUUAAUAAUUUUAAUAAUAAAAUUGUACACAAAACUUAGCAUAUACUAAUUUAAUCAUAUGUUUUCCAGCAAAUUGUGGCUGUCUUCAAUGUUAGAUCUCUCUUCACUCACUCUCUACUCUCUACUCUCUUCUGCAACUUCACAUGUUUUAAUAAUUUUUGAAAAACUUUGAACAAUCAACAACAACCUUAAUUAUUUGUUCAACACCAACGUCUUUUUUUCUCUAUGUUUUCAUUACAUAUUUUGUAACGUUUUUUACUCUAUUUACUACCAUCUUUGACUUGGCUUCUUCCUUUGCAACUGCUUUUUCUUUUUUCUUUCUUUUUAUUAUUUUAUAUAUAUAUAGCUUUGCCUUAUGGGCGUUUCUCUUCUCUAUUCUUCAUUGCAGCCUUUUUCUUUGUGCUUUUGAAUACAUAUUUCCACACCAAAAAAUAAAAAUAUUUGUUUUUUCAUCUAAAUCAAAUUCUAUUAUGUUUUGUUCCUAUGAAUUCUGAUUAACCUCUCUCAGGAUGUGAUGGCUUUUGGUUUCGGUGCUUGGAGUUUCUUCAUCUGGCAAUUGAUAAUAAGUUGUUAGAGGAUUUUGGAGAAUUAAGAAACAGAAAACAAGAAAAAAAAAACAUUUUCUUGUGAAUGGUCUAUUAUGACUAAUAAAAAAGCAUUACCAGUUCCGAAUUUUGGUAGUGACUUUUGCAUUAGUUACCAUAAUUCUUUGUUACAAAAGAGGAGAAUUAUGGAAGUGUUACCACCCUCCGAUGGCAACGGUUCCUCGACAGAAGAGAAACCUUUACCUCAGGAUGCAGAUUAUAAUCUUAGUCUCAGCGACGAGCUAGAGACGUCGAUCUUGGCGAGAUUUCCGAGAUCGCAGCACUGGAAACUAUGUUUUCUAAACAAGAGAUUCUUGAGUCUUAUGAGAAGUGGUGAGAUAUAUAAAAUAAGGAAAGAGUUAGGACUCAAAGAACCUUCUGUUUUCAUGUUAGCUAGCGGCGAAAGCAAUUGGUGGGGUAUGGAUUGGCCUUUCAUCUCAAGCAGGAAGUUACCAAGGAUUCAAUCAGAUUACAGCUUUGAGUUUGGUGAUAAAGAAUCCUUUUGUGCAGGGUCGCAGUUACUGGUUUCGGGGAAAGAAAUCGACGGUGCUGUUAUUUGGAGAUAUGAUUCAGAAACUAAUGAAUGGUUUAAAGGUCCAUUCAUGAUUAAUCCAAGGUGUCUUUUUGCUUCUGCUAGUUCUGGCAAUUUCGCUUUCGUUGCAGGCGGUUUAACGAGCACUUAUAGCGAAAUAUUGGAUACAGCUGAGAAAUAUGAUUCCAAGACCAAAAUUUGGAAGCCUUUGCCAAAGAUGAAUAAGAAGAGAAAAUUCUGUUCUGGUUGUUUCAUGGACAAGAGAUUCUAUGUUAUUGGUGGACAAGAUGAGAAUCGAAAUGAUCUAACUUGUGGCGAGUUUUUUGACGAAAAGACAGACACAUGGAACUUGAUUCCUGAUAUGUUGAAAGAUAUUCCGGUUUCGGAUUCGCAGUCUCCGCCUCUUAUAGCUGUUGUUAAUAAUGAGCUUUACACACUUGAUGCUUCUUCUAAUGAGUUGAAAGUUUAUGUCAAAGGGAUCAAUAAGUGGAAGAAAUUAGGUGUUGUUCCUGUGAGAGCCGAUGAACAAGGUGGUUGGGGCGUCGCUUUUAAGUCGCUCGGGGAUGAGUUGCUUGUUAUUGGCGCGCCUUCGGUCUCGAAUAAAGAACGUGUGCUGGCGAUUUAUACUUGUUGUCCUGAUCCUGAUGUUGAGAUAUUGAAGUGGAAGCAAAUUGAAUGUGGGAGUGUUCAGCUUAAUCAUUUUAUUAGGAAUUGUGCUGUGAUGAUGGGAAGUACUUGAAGCAUAACGCACUAACACUUUAGAUCGAAGACGUGUCUGUGUCUGUAUCCGUGUGUCAGAGUUUCAUAGAGGUUGAAAGAUGAAGGCAAUCUCAAAAUAAAAUUUGGAGGGUUUAUUUAGUCUAAUGUGGAGGUGUAUUUAGAUGAAAAUUAUGUGUUUCUUUUUAUUUGAUCUUUGUUUGUAACGUUUCAUUUGGGGGUUUAUCUUUCUGACAAAACUUGUUAGGAAGAAUAUGUUGUUUGUGAAGAAAAUCAGAUAAUGAUAUUCUCAAAUGCUAAUUUUUCAUCUAUUA